AUGCGUAACUCCACUCGAGGCUCCGGCUCAUUUGUUGCUGUUCAACUUCGUUCACCUAUUAAUCCUCCAACUUUAAUCGAACAUGAAAAUCUUCGAUUCUUGAUCGCAGAUGCUCCUUCAAACAAUAAUCUAUCACUAUACAUACAGUACAAUGUAACGGAUGUGGUUCGAGUAUGUGAUCCUACCUAUCAUAUUGAGCCUCUUCUAUCCUGUGGAAUAAAAGUUCAUGAUUGGGUAUUUGGUGAUGGCGAAGCACCACCAGCUCAAAUAGUCAAUGACUGGCUUGAACUUGUCGAAACCCGUUUCAAAGAAACUACUGACAUUGAUAAAAAACCAACUAUAGCAUGUCAUUGUGUCGCAGGACUUGGAAGAGCUCCAGUACUAGUCGCCAUUGCAUUGAUCGAGGCAGGGAUGUCACCACUUGACAGUGUUGCGUUUAUUCGUGAAAGACGACGAGGAGUCAUUAACAACAGACAACUUAAAUAUAUUGAAAGUUAUAAGAGGCGACCUAAAUCAGCUAAAUGCAUUAUCUGUUGA